AGAAAUCUUGCGACCAGUUCUCAGCCGACUCCGUAGCUAACAUGUGAAUAACAUGUGAAUAAACGUGCUCUAAACAAGAGAAGUAGUCCAUGAAAUGCACGAUUGACGCGGGUCGUGACGCUCCACCAAACCCGAAAGCACUUCAAAAUGUCCUCCUCCGAAGGUCCCGGUGACUCCGAAAGAUCUACCACCUCGCUAGCGUCCGGCGUUGACUCGUUCCAGCAAAGGGUGGAAAAUUUGCGUGCAAAGUAUCAGGAUAUUUUGCAAGAAGGAUUCUUUCGAAAUUUGAAGCACGAUUGGCUGGGACAACAGGCAGCCGAACCAAACCUUUCGCAAUCGCCAUCGGACGCCUCAACGCUCGAAUGUUUAAGCGACACAAGUGGCAGCUUUAUUGUGUUGAAUGGGCGAAAGUUUCCCCUGGAGUUUUUUCGCGAACGUUCCCCAAAGGCUGAACGAGAUGCUCCCAUCGUGAAGAAAUCGAUGAAAUGUAGCAGUUCAAAACAGUUGCACGAGCUGCAGGGUGAGCUGAAUGAUUACAACAACCCUUACGUCGUGCCAACGCCGGAGCAGAUCGCACAACGAAAUGCCAGAAAGAGUCGCUUCCACACUGCACGCUCCCGGGGCUGUCAGGAUGUGCGACAGCGCCUGCACGUUGAGGAGCUUCCGUUCGAUGCGGAAAUGCUCGGGACGAGCAAAUCGGGCAAGUAUCACUCACGCCUCGCCACCCAGCUCGAUGCACACUACCGCAAUGAGCUGACGUACCGGCCGCGGAUACGAAACUUUGCGCGUAUCGACGCGAUACACAACCUGCGCGAAUCGGGACGCCGCCAGUUUGAGACGUACUAUCGCGAGGAGUACAUCGUGGGGCAGACGCGCAAGCAGAGCAUCGAGAAUGAGUUCUACCAGCAGCUGGCAGAGCGUUGCAGCGAGCUCCGGGAAGCGGUGCGCACCAUUCGGCAGGAACGGUUCAGUGCCACGAUGCGUGUGCUGGACACGGUGAAACCGUACUUUGAAACUUCCUCCCAGCUGGAGUCGCGCCUAAAGCAUCUGCAGAGCCGUAUGACGAGCCUGUGGAACCAGGUGGUACGGCUCGAAAGCAUCUGGGUGCAGCGGCUGAAGCUGCAAAACUUCCUCUACCUAAUCAUGCCCAAAGAAUGGCGCGAACGCAACGACUGGAUACAUCAGCACGGUGAUGGGCAGCUCGAAAGCUACCCGGUUUCGAUCGGCCGGCGUGAUGUGGUUAACAUCCGCAACAUCGACGAAGGCAACGAUAUCUGGGCGGUAAAGCGCUUCUUCGAGACGGAGUACCUGACGAAGCACAAACCAGUCCACGAAGCGUUCUCGACGUCGUCCGAACUGCUCGAGGGCGUGGCGGAACUAAACACCAACUCCAUGACACUGCUUUCCCGUCUAGACCUGAUGAACUGGGUCAAGUCGAACGCGGAAACGGAAUCGGACCGGGUGCAGCGCGAUUUCGCCAAUCAAAUACAAGCGAUACGAUGCUUCAUACAGGACAUGGACGAGCGGCGCCGGUUCUACGAGAAGCGUACGGUGGAGUUGAAGCAACUGUUCGAUAAGCUGGUCCAGGGGCCGCUCAAGGACGCCAUCCACAAUGUGCGCAACCGAGAGAUCGAAAGCUUGGUUGCGGUUGUGUACGGUAAGCUACUGCCCGCGAAAGAACGGGAUGAAGGCUCAUCCACCGUUCGCCUAUCCGGUGUCACCUGCUUCGGCUUCAUCUUCGAGAUGGUGCUGCAAGUUUUGGCCGAUUUUGACCAAAUGCCCGCCCCGCUGAUACACUCCGUCGAGCAGCAGGUUCGGUUCCGCCGGCGGCGGCGCAACAUCCUGGCUGUCCGGGCCGCCGAAGAGGAACACCGGAUCAGUCAGCUGGCGGUACAGCUAAAGCGUGGGCUUGCACCGCCCCACAAGAAGCCGGAUCACAAGGUGAAACCACCCCGGUCACGCCUGCGCCGCAAAGAGCAACCGGUUGUGGAGGUGAAGCAGCACGUGCCCAAGUUGGACCAAAUCUUCCGGGUGGCGUUUGGGGAGACAGCCACGAUGACGCCCGACGAGCGGCGCAAUUUUGAGAUCGAUAUGAUCUACCAGAACUACUGCUCGGUGCAGUUCGACCACUUUCUGCGUGCGAUCGGGUACGAGCCGGACUACGACAUGAUGAGCCGGGUGGAGCAGCGCGACGGGCCGGAGGAGAACUUUUUCAAGCGCAAGGAGCUGAUCCCGCGCGUGCUGAAGAAGCUGCAGCACUGGCAGCACAUGCAGCAGCUGCUGAGGGAGCGGCUGUUCCAGCGCAUGUCCGCAGAGUUGCAAGGUGUCGGUCAGUAAUGUAUUGGUGAGCGAUUUUAAGCACGUUUGGUUUAUUGUUUACAGUUACAUUUGGGUGUAGGACCUUGAAAUUGUGUAUAAAUUUGUUGCUUGAAAGUACAUUAAAAACUUAUUAAGUGCUGACAUGUUCUUAGACGACUA